AUGUUAUCCGUUCGCUUCAUCUCUCUCCUCUUCGCCAGCUUCUUGGUCACAGGCGCUGUGGCCGAUGGAGGAAGUGGCAUCGCCGGCUCUCCCUGCUCUAAGCAAAGAGACUGUUGUGCUUGCGAUGUAAACCAAGGACAGCAGUUAACUUGCAAGGUUGCUCCCGGGCAAACUCGAGGAACUUGUCAGACCAAUGGCUUCCCUUGCGCAGGUUCUUGUAACUAA